AUGCCGGUGUCAGCUAUGAACUACACGUAUCUACUGUACGUUCUUCUUCCAAUUUCAUAUUUUACCGAGACACACUCUUCAGCCAAACUGCAUAACGAGACAAAAGCGCAAAAGAAAGAGGGGAAAUCACUUAAAGGAACUCAGAUAAUUUCCAAAAACGAUGAAGACAACACCAAAAACCGAUUCUUACGAUCGUUCCUCUUCAAGAGGCAAAAGCAGCCACGACCUUCCACGGAAAGUUCCUUCAGACGUGUCCGAAAGAUAACGAAAAGACCAACAACCACAACACAAUGUAAAAUAUUUUGUCGCAGUGGUUAUCACCUACAAAUUCUACCCAGCGGGGUAGUGAGGGGUACGGUUGACCAGCGCAGUAAGUACGUGUUGUUUGAGAUGCAAUCAUUUGGGCCCAGUCUCGUCAGACUGAUGAGUCCAGCGACGGGGAGGUAUCUAGCUAUGAGAAGAGAUGGAACACUUCGUGGGUUGAGAAGCCAAACCACUCGAGACUCGCUCUUCAAAGAGACUCACGAACAAAACGCAUUUCACUCGUACGCGUCUCACAGAUAUUACAGAAAACAGCCACACGACAUGUUGGUGGGAAUCAAGAGGAACGGGCAAAUAAAGCGCGCCACCAAGACUUUCCAUGGACAAACUGCUACACAAUUUCUUGUCAUAAAAUUUUGA